AUGGGUGGAAAGUGUCCGCACCGGAGCGUGAAGAAGCGCCGCUACUCUCACAAAACUGCUCGACGAACCAAAUUUCUUCUUAAAGGCGACGAUGCUGUUUAUGAUGACCUUCAUAAAGCAGAUGGAGAGGGGAAACCCUUGCCUGUUGAUGAAGACCUCCCCGGAAUGGGCCAAUAUUACUGUCUACACUGCGAUCGGUAUUUCGCUAACGUGUCGGUGAGGGAUGAGCAUUUCAAGACUAAAAAGCAUAGGAGGCGUGUGAAGCAAAUGAUGGGGCCUGCACCUCACACACAACUUGAUGCUGAACUAGCUGCUGGGAUGGGCAUGCCGGAUAAUGGUCCAAAGUUGAUGUCAAUGUGA